AUGGCUAGAAGAAAGGAUCUUUCUUCCUUUGAGAGGGCAGCCAUACUUCAAUUUCUUCUUGAAGGGAGCAAAAACGGCAAACCGGGCAGAGGGAAGCUCACUGCAGCGGUGCAAAAGUGGAAGAGUUCCCGCCGGACCAUUAGUCGACUUUGGGCAGCUGCAAAAAAGCAAAAAGAUCGUGGUGAGGUAAUUAGUUGUUUGAGUAAAAAACCUUCAAAUCCAAGAAGAAAAAGGGUAGAAAUUGAUUUAGGAUUAAUUGCUAGCAUAGACUUGACAAAAAGAUCUACAAUUAGAAGGCUAGCAUGUGGGAUUGGAUGCAGUAAAACAACAGUUGGCAGGUGGAUUCAAUCCGGGCUGAUCAGAGCACACACAAAUGCAAUCAAGCCUGAUCUUACGGCUCCAAACAAGUUACUUAGGCUACGGUUUUCCUUAGAAGCUCUAGAAUGGGAUAGGAUUGUUAGGAGUUUGUCAUUUAAAAGCAUGCACAACACAGUCCACAUUGAUGAAAAGUGGUUUUACAUCACAAAAACAUCACAAAGGUUCUACCUCACCCCUGAAGAGACAGAACCGCAUAGGACAUGCAAGAGCAAAAAAUUCAUCCAAAAAGUCAUGUUCAUGUGUGCUGUGUGUCGGCCAGUGUUUGAUGAUGAUGGCAGCUGCUUGUUUGAUGGGAAGAUUGGAAUAUUUCCAUUCACAGAAUUAGUACCAGCCAAAAGGAAGAGCAAAAACAGGGCUGCAGGGACAAUGGAGCUCAAGCCCAUACAAAGCAUCACAAAAGAAGUUGUGAAAGAUUGCUUUAUAAACAAGAUUGUUCCUGCUAUUAAAGCAAAAUGGCCAGCAAAUGCUAGCAAAACCAUCUACAUACAACAAGAUAAUGCUAGGCCUCACAUACAAGACUCAGACCCAGAUUUCAGAGCUGUUGCUUCAGCAGAUGGAUUUGAUAUUCAUUUGAUAAAUCAACCACCAAACUCCCCAGACACAAACAUCAAUGAUCUGGGGUGGUUUAGGGCAAUUCAGUCCCUACAAACUGAAUCAGUUUGUAACAGUGUAUCAGAUCUUGUGAAUGCUGUGAUUAAUUCAUUCAAUGAAUUAAGCCCAAACACUUUGAACAAAGUGUUUUUGAGCUUACAAUCUUGCAUGAUUGAAAUUCUGAAGGUUAAAGGGAGAAAUAGCUACAAAAUUCCUCAUAUGAGGAAGGAUGCACUAAUUAGGCAGGAUAUGCUCCCAUUGAAUCUCCAAGUUCCAAGUGAACUUGUUAGGGAGUGCAUAUCUUAUCUAAUUGAGCAUGGAGCACUAUCCAUAACUGACUCAUUAAUGCAACAGUUGGGAGUGAAUGCAGGAUGCACCAAUGAGCUUGAGGUGAUGGUGCAUAACCUUCAAAUUCAAGGUCAUGAAGGUUUGUGAUGUGGAAGCAGGAAG